UCGGAUUUGGUCCCUCCGUGUCUGACUUUGGUGCUCUGUAGCCGAUUUAUGUGCUUUCUCCAGGUCGAUCUGUCGAAUUCGCCAUAUGGGAUGUAUUGUCAUUGGACUCUUCCGCAGUUUUGACGUCACUCAGCUACACUUUCUCUCAUACGUCCGUUGAUAUUCUUUCCUUCUUUCCCAGGCGACUCCGUUCAGCUGUAGUCGUCCGGAGAGCCGUAAGCACUGUCGUUGUUUUUGUUUGGCUAGUUUCACGCGGUAAGUGAAGGGUUAACGGCUCAUGAAAUCUGUGGCGCCGACGUCGUUGCUUUAACUGUCGACGAAUUGUUGAAUGUACUCCAGUGGUUCUCCGUUGAAAUGGCGUCGGAAAGUGCACAGCUGGCUGCAGACCAGACGCAGCAAACACAAAUGACCGUCAUUCCACAAGAGGCGUCAACAAACGUGGACUCUGAUGGACAGGUAGUGGCAAGAGAGCUAGCAAGGGAUGUCCGGGUAACUGAAGUCGGACCUAGCGUUCGCAUUCAGCGGCAUGAAGCGAGAGACUGUAACUGCGACUGCGACUGUCCAUCAUGUCUAUCAGAACCUGUAGGAUGGUGCAUCCUGCUGACGGCAUUUAUCAUAUCUGUUCCUGCACUAGCCAUUAUCAUCAUUGGCUCAGUCCACUUCCAUGAAUGCCCCGCUAUGGAGAACCUACCUAUUUAUCUCAUCAUGGCCGGUGUCCUCCUGCUGUUAUUACUCCUGAGUCCGCUUUGCCUUUGCGAACAAGAUUAUUGCGAACCGUUCAAGUUGUGUUACAUAUGUCUAUUAGCUGUCCUGUGCUUGCUUCUGGCGAUAGCGAACAUUUCAGCUCUCGUGUCGGUGUUUUCUCCCCAAGAAAUCGUGAAUACUAGCAAUCCCCGCAGUCCACAUUAUUGCAACAACAUUGUGUACACGUCUGCGAAAUACUCUGCUUGCAUCACUGCUCCAUUCUCUUUCUUAAUUUGUUGCCGCUGCUGCUACAGCUGCUGCUGCUCCGGCUGAAACAUAAUGCGUAAUAAAAAUAAGUGGUCUACAAAGUU